GGGUACUUUUCUCGAACAUAAACAAGAAGAUUGAAGAUUGCUCAUCAACUCUUGGCCUUGAAGAUACUCUGUGUUCGACUGAAAUGUGCGUCCAAUCAACGAACGUCUCCUGACUGUCUGACGAUCUCAGGAGUUCUUGUUGCCUUAGGUGAAAACAAAGUCUUCGAUUUAGCUUAGAAAAAGUAACUACUUUCUUCCAAAUGGUUCGGCAGCAACGCGCGAGCAACGCAGGGCUUUUUCGCCCAGGCGAAAAUGAUGGACGUGCCAGUCCUUCUUCCGAAUGUGGUGAUUCUGAUCGAGAAUAUGUGAACAAAUCUGAGCUGGGAAAUCCAGAUAUAUGCCAAAUGAAAAAGAUAUUCCCAGCGAAGGCUUUGCCUUUGUGGUCUACGGCGCCGGAUCACGGAAAAUCGCCGGGACUGUCGUUACACACGAAUGCUGGUCCUGUCUCCCCUUCGAAUUUCAUGCAUUUAAUGUCCAUGAUGUCCGACAAUGACCAGCACUAUGCUUGGAAUGGGGGGAUAGAGAACAAAAUGGUCCCUUCUGAACAGCACAAUGCAUCCGGGAUGUACAAAGGCCCUGGCGUCAGCCUGGAGGAAGGUCGAGGGGGUGGAGGCAUGGACUCCUCGCAGAUGCACAGCCUCUACGCCAGUCACGGUAACAGAGCGAACAGUACCAGUAGUGGAAGCCCACCUGUGUCCACCCCCAGCUCCAGCGGAUCGAUGCUAGUGGUGCCUCAGCCCAUUAGUGCCGCUACCAAGGGCCCUGGAGCACCAUCAGGGGUGGCCACCAAUGGCACUGGCAGGAAGUACCAGUGCAAAAUGUGCCCUCAGAUCUUUGGGUCCAAGGCAGACUUGCAGCUACACACUCAAAUCCACAUGCGUGAGGCCAAACCGUACAAGUGCUCCCAAUGCUCGAAGGCGUUCGCCAACUCCUCGUACCUGUCUCAGCAUACGCGUAUCCACCUGGGUAUCAAGCCAUAUCGGUGCGAGAUCUGCCAGAGGAAGUUCACACAGCUGUCUCAUCUGCAACAGCACAUCAGGACGCACACAGGAGAUAAGCCAUACAAGUGUCGUGCACCUGGCUGCAACAAGGCCUUUUCCCAACUGUCCAAUUUGCAGUCCCAUUCUAGAUGUCAUCAGACUGACAAACCGUACAAGUGCAACAGCUGCUAUAAAUGUUUCGCUGAUGAAGCGGGUCUUUUAGAGCACAUCCCAAAGCACAAAGAGUCUAAGCACCUCAAAACACAUAUAUGCCAGUUCUGUGGUAAAUCGUAUACGCAGGAAACAUACCUUGCCAAACACAUGCAGAAGCAUGCUGACCGUCUGGAGAAACGUCCGUUACCACCUCUUACCAACAAUACAAACCUCAAUAUACCUUCCAACCAAUCGCUUCGAGGGCCAACUCCCGCGGACAAUUAUUGGACAAAAACCACAACCUCAGUAGCUUCUGACACACAUCAUGGCAUGGGAGAUCCCUCAAUGGGUUCUCCCAUGUCUCCUCCAUCUCACCAUCUGCAUCCUCAUGUAUCUGAAACAUGCCUUCAGAAUAGCAUGAAUGAUCAUCACGCGAGGCUCCACAUGGAUCCUCGCCAUCAGCAGCAGCAACAACAACAGCAGCAGAUGGUGGCCAAUAGUGCCAAUCAUACAAACGGCAGGGACCACGAUCUUGGCUCUCACUUAGGUCAAAACCAAUACGAUACGUCUUCGAUGUCUCAAGGUCACCCCCCGCCGACGAGUAAAAAUACAUCGGCAUUUACGCCCAUUCAGUCUGGUAUGUUACCCAUUUCUUCAGGACCUCAGCUGUCGAUGCCGUCUGCAACUCGUACCUCAUAUUUCCCAUACGAGCCUAUCAAUUUUCCAAAGAGCACAAAUCCAAUGGGAUCGAUGGAAGUGAAACAGAGUCACAGCUCUUUUCCAAAUCAGCUCAUUUCUCUCCAUCAGAUUCGGAACUAUGCAUCUAUGCCCACCAUGAGCGGAGGAGAGCAUCCGAUUACCAUGAAAGAUAAGAGCCAACAACAGUAAUGUUUUUAAAAGCUUGCUUUGAUUCUACAAAUGAUUUUAAAGACUGAAAUUCCGAUCCUCUUUUGAUCACAGGAGAAUGUUUGGCAUUUGUUCUUUCCUCCCUUCACUUUCAUAUGAUGUCGUGUCUGUGAAUUUGUUGUGUACCAUCCAAAAACUAAUUUACACCUGCGCUGUUAGAACACCUCAAAGCUCAAAAAAUCCUCUAAAGAUUGGACUGAAGGAGGCUCAAUGUUUCGCAACUCCCGGUGAAUUUUAGUGUUGUGUUUCAUGAUAUUCUUAAGUUUUAUUUAAAGAAUGAGAGAAGGAUUCUUGUCAUGAAAAUUGUUAGUUGACUUCUCUGUGACUUUGUUUCUUAUCCAGAUCAACGAGUCACAAGCUCUGGGAAAUAUUUUAUGUAUUAAAUGGUACCUUUCGAAGUCGGCUCGAUGCAUCUUUGAUACACAAAGAAGCUUGAAUAUGAGACAAAAAACCGAAGCUAGCUUUCUUAUUUCUCUGCGUUGUAAUUUGUUAAUAUUCCAAGAUAGGGACGAUGUAUUGCAUUUUCAAGUUGCAUCUGUGCUAUACCGUGGCGUUUCUGCCUAUUUCCCUCACACUCUCCAUCUCUUGUAGGAGUCAUUCAAAAAAAAUCUGAACAAUUUUUUAUUUGCAGGCCAUUAAAACAAAUUGGGUUUGUGAUGUUAGCACCUGUGAUUCCGAGGGAAAGUCCAUCUGACUCAUAUUGGUGCCUUGUAUUAUAGAGAGUGCUGGCCAGUGGCGCCAUUGUUUAGUGCAACCACUUAUGAACCCUUUUACAUUGACAACGUCUUAAAUAGAACCUACAUAAUUCGAGUUUCCUUCAAAAGAUUGUCUGUUCUCCGCCUUUUUCUAGCAAAACCUAUGUCCCAUUAUCUAAAUGUAAGCUUAGCAGCUCUAAGAGAUGUGCUACAGAUACCUCCCUUUCUUGGAAAACGAAUGAGAUAAGCUAGCUUCAUGUCUCUUGUAAUAGUGAGAUUUCUAUAGGACAUCGUUUUUGCCUCCUGUCUUACCUCAUCAUAUAGACAUUGUAGUAUUAUCAUUAAAAAACUAUUUCAUAAGAACAUAAAAUCCAGCACAUAGGAAUAUUUUCAUGGCUCAAAUCGUUUUAAACAGAGUGGUAUACAGUAUUCAUCCAGGUUUAAAUAUUGAAAUAAUGACAAAGUUAUAAAUGAUAACACAGCAAUGUACUAGUAAGACUCUCCAGUCUUUGACCAAAGAAAUCUUCGACUAUUUUUUUUUCCUUCGUUCUAAAUAUUCGGUGGAAACAGUCACAAAAGAUACACGCGGAGUAAUUUAUUUGGACAGAAUUUCGUAAAAUAACGUCUAUUAUAUUUGUUAAACAAUAAUAAUUAAAAUAUAAUAAAUAAUAUCAAGCGUAGAUUUCUUUCGUCGUGUGCGUGUACUUAUACGCAUAAGUAUAUAAUCUACUUGUUUUGAUAAGUGUGUGUGCUUUGAUACGCAUGCAUGUUUAUUCAAACAGAAAGUCGUAUAUAUACGUAUACGUAUCUAUACAUCUGUGUUUCCAUCGGCCUUUGCCGAUUUUAUCUCAGUGGUGCUGAGUCCAUCAAUAUUAUCAGGGAUUUUCUCAAGCAAAGCGCAAAAACGAAAAAAAAAAAGUUUUAUUUCUACAGAUACUCAUAUUCUUUGAUAUUCAACCACAAUCCGUUGUGAAUUUUGUGAUCCAAUCUACCGUUUGCUCAGCAAAACCCAUGUUAGAGACUUAUUAUGUGUUAUGGACUCGUCGUUUUCUUUUGCCAGCCAUUGUGACAGUUUUGAAGAUUUUCUAAAUACCUCAAAUUUAUAUGUUUUUCAAUCGAAGCAAAAUGUAGUUCAUUUUGUUCCGUUCCACCUUUGUAUAUUAUCGAGUGUAUAAUUGAUCGACAGUGAAAUUUUUAAUCGUAGUUUAUUUCUUGAUGUGGUGAAAAUGUUGUUACUUGUUUAUUAUAAGAUUGUUAUGCGUAUUUCGUGUUUCUAUUAAGGUUUUUAAUAUCUUGAAAAAUCUGUUGCGUUUUAUCUGUUCUUUAUAAAUAUGUUCUUUAUUGUUUAAUAUCUCAUUAUUCAUCGCAUUGGACCCUUGCUGUUACGUAAAUUAAGGCCAGUAUGGGAUGGAAAACUUUGGCUUGAUAAAAGCAAAGAUAAGUAUUUCAUUGAAUUAAAUUGCUUAGUUAUGUUGUAGAUGAGAACAAAGCUUAUAACUUCCAGAAGAAAUGAAUAUAUAUGUAUAUAAUAAAUUUUUAUGCAUAUAUAAAUAUAAAUAUGAAUAUAUAACUUAAGUCAUUGAUUACAUUUUUCGAAUGUGUAUACGUUAGCGUAUGAGCAUGACAGAAGAAAGAUUUUGGGAUACCCAAUGCCUCUGUGUAUGUGUGUUUUUGUGAGUGUAUUAUUAACAUCUGUAACAUUGAUUGUACUGUGUUCUGUGUUUUCAAGUUGAAUAUUUUAAACAAUAUUUGGUUUUACGAUUGAGCCGUUCAAAUCGGUGAAACGGCCCAAUGUUUAUCAAUUUUAAAUGAGUUAUAUUUUUGAAAAAUGACGAACUGUUGAUCUUGAGCCUGAUUAAUGCUGUGAUUUCAGAUUUGUAAAAAAAAAAAAACGAAAAAAGAAGAAAAAGAAAAAUGAUAGUAAUAAUGCAUACAUCAUUUUUUAAACGUCAUAAUGUGCUCCCAGUUUUCAUUGAUCUGCCGCCUUUAUCAUUAUAAUUCACGUAGCAAGUGAUUUUGUUUUGAUUGAUGACAUAAAUUAGCACGUACGUCGAAAAUUUUACGCGUUUAUUUUCAUUUCAUUAUGUUAUACAGGCAUUUGUAAAUUUCCACGUAGUUUAGAUGCACUGUAUUUUUAAAAGCACUUUCUAAAUUAUGCGCAUAAGUGAUAUAUUUUUUAUUAUUUUUUAUUUCAUUAUCCCUUUCAACAUUCCUGCAAAAUAGUCUUAGUAUUUUUUAUUCCUUGACAUUAUUACCUUUGAAUUUUCAAGCUUA